UUUACAAAACAAAAAGGAAAAUGGGAAAUAAUUUAAAAUUAAAAUUUGAUUUUUAAAAACAUUUACAAGUUCAGAUUCAGAUUCGCUUGAGACGUGCGCGUGUACGGACGUUAAUUUCGUGUUUAACCACAAGUCGAUCGUAACAAAAUUAUUGCAAUUAAAUAACGAAGUGAAUAAAGCGUUGUAUGGGAAAUAUUGAAUAUAGCAAAGCGUUGGCGUGUAUUAAGUGUAUGCUGUAAAUAUUUAAGUGCAACAGUGUUUGAAAAUAUUUACAGUUGGAAAAAUACUAAAAAAUUGAAUUUCAAUUUAAUGAAAUAAAAAUAUCUCACUUGUAGUAUUAUAAAUUAAAAGUUAUACUUCAUUAUAAAAAAAUGGCAUACACAACCUCAGCUAAAGCCCUAUUCAUCUCUACAGCUGUAAUAAUGAUCAUAUUUUGCUGUUUUAUGCCAUCGGUGAAUGCCAUCCGUUGUCACCAGUGUAACUCCCAUCUGCAGGAGGAUUGCACGGAAUUGCGUCUGAUAACACCGCGUGCGCCACGUGACGAGCAAUUCCUAACCGAAUGCGAGUCGCCCGAUAUGUUUUGCCGCAAGACGAUUACGAAAAUCGAAGUGAGCGGCGAGAAUCGCAUCAUACGCAGCUGUGGACGCUUGGACAACGACAAGAGCGCGAAGACGAAUUACUGCUUCGAUGCUGACAAUGAGGGGUAUAAGCAGAGGAUCUGCACCUGCUAUGAGGAUGGCUGCAAUGCGGCAACGCCACGUCUCGGCAAUGCCAAUCACGUGACCAUGCUGAGUGCGACCGGUUUGUGCGUGUUGGUGGCGCGAUUCCUGCGGAUUAAUGCUUAGAUAGGAGAAAUUUCUGUACAAAUCCAUUCUGGGUUGUGUGUAUGUAUUUUGCAUCGUUGCGUGAAGUAUACUAGAUUACUGUAAAUUGUUGGAACUUUGCGUUGGAGAGUGGAGUGCUUGAAGCAUGAAAUGCAUAUUAAUGAAGUUGACGCUGGAGUUGAAGAGCGCUACACUUUCUUUGUCAUUUGGAUAAUGUUGAUUUAUAUUAUUUGAUUGCUUUCAUAUCAUUUUUGUUUAAAAAUACUUCCACACGACUUUUGGACUCGAUUUAUGAAAUUUUGAUUUAAUAAAAAAUAUAUACGCAUACA